UCAGCCAAUCCGAGGGCGAGCCAAGGUGGCGCCUGCGCGGUGGUGGAAGCUAACGCCAGCUGAGUGGCUUAAUCCCCGUCCCCUGCUUCCGAUUGCUGUCUAGGAGCACGCCAGUUUAUUCGUCGUUAAGGUGAUGUUGCGGGUCGUGUGAAACAAUCUGAAAAUCUGUUGGGAAGAUGGUGAAUGUUUUGAAAGGAAUACUAAUAGAAUGUGACCCAGCCAUGAAGCAGUUUCUGCUGUACUUGGAUGAGUCAAAUGCCCUGGGGAAGAAGUUCAUCAUACAAGACUUGGAUGAAACACAUGUCUUUGUGUUAGCUGAGAUGGUUUACUUCCUGCAAGAGAGAGUGGGAGAGUUAAUGGACCAGAACUCUUUUCCCAUUACACAAAAAUAGAAAAUGGGACUCAAUAAAUGUGGAACUGAAAGUCUGUGUAGGUUUUCCUAGUAGUUGAUUUGGAGGUAGCUGAAUAGAAAUUGUCACUAUAAUAAAUUAACUAUUUAGAUUGUA